AUGAAGCCCAUUGGCAACAUCUACGCCAUCGCCGCCGUCGCGAUUGUUGGCGGUGGCCUGUUUGGUUUUGACAUCUCCUCCAUGUCUGCCAUAAUCUCCACGCAGCAAUUUCUCUGCUACUUCAACCAGUCCCCCGAGACGUAUGAUCCGACCAAGGACGUCCAGCAGUGCGCUGGCCCCAGGCCGGAUGUCCAGGGCGGCAUCGUUGCAUCCAUGGCUGGGGGCUCGUUCCUCGGCGCCAUCAUCUCUGGUCACCUGUCUGACAUCUUCGGCCGCAAGACGUCAAUUCAGAUUGGUUCCGUCAUCUGGUGUGUCGGAUCCAUCCUGGUCUGCGCCGCCCAGAACAUCCCCAUGCUCAUCGUCGGCCGCAUCAUCAACGGCCUCUCUGUCGGCAUCUGCUCCGCCCAGGUCCCCGUCUACAUCACCGAGAUUGCACCUCCCACCAAGCGUGGUCGCCUCGUCGGCGCGCAGCAGUGGGCCAUAACCUGGGGCAUUCUCAUCAUGUACUACAUCUCUUACGGGUGCUCCUUCAUUGGAGUCCAUGAGCACCCACCCUCGCCCACCGCGUUCAGGAUCCCCUGGGGCCUGCAGAUGAUCCCCGCCAUCUUCCUGUUCUUUGCCAUGUUCCUGCUUCCCGAGUCGCCGCGCUGGCUGGCGAAGAAGGACAGGUGGGAAGAGGCGGAGGAAGUUAUUGCUCUGGUGCAUGCCAAGGGCGAUAGGACACACCCUUUCGUCGUCUCAGAGAUGCAAGAGAUCAAAGACUUCUGUCAGUUUGAGAGGGAGAACGCCGAUGUGACCUGGCUAGAACUAGUGAAGCCCAAUAUGAUCUGGCGGACACAUAUUGCCGUCUUCACCCAGUUCUGGUCUCAGCUGACCGGCAUGAACGUCAUCAUGUACUAUGUCACCUACGUUUUUGCCAUGGCCGGCCUCUCUGGAAACGCCGGGCUCAUUGCAUCAUCAAUCAAUUAUGUGAUCAAUGUCUGCAUGACAGUUCCAGCUCUCCUGCUCAUUGACCGCAUUGGCCGGCGCCCUGCUCUUGUUGGUGGCGCAAUAUCCCUGUCCAUCUGGUGGUAUGCCACGGCCGGUAUUCUCGCUACCUAUGGCCAUCCUGCCCCGCCAGGCGGACUGAACCACGUCUCUGCCGAGUCGUGGGUCAUCUCUGGGCACGCGUCUAAGGCCGUCAUUGCCGCAUCGUAUCUCAUUGUAGCUUCAUUUGCUCCGACCUGGGGCCCGGUGUCGUGGACAUACCCGCCCGAGCUGUUCCCUCUUCGCCUUCGUGCCAAGGGUGUGUCCGUCUCCACUGCCGCCUGCUGGGCCAUGAAUUUUGCGCUUGGAUACUUCACCCCGCCAGCGUUCGUCAAUAUUGCUUGGAAAACUUACCUUGUUUUUGGUGUCUUUUGCACUGUCAUGGCAAUUCACUCUUUCCUGUGCUUUCCUGAGACAGCCGGAAAGCCACUGGAAGAGGUCGAGGAAAUUUUUGCUCUCAACACUCCAGCCUGGAAGACAAAGGGCGGCUUUGCUCAAGGGCGAGAGAUGGAGAAGGGUGAGCGAGCUACUGAGAAGCAGCUACAGUUUGCGCUGCACAAGGAGGACGCGUAG